CGUUGAUAGCUCAAAGCGUGUUCUGCCCAAAGCCCACAACGAUGUCCCAAAAAGAACCUGCCACAACCGCCACGAUUACCUCCGUGGCAAACCAUGUCAUUGGGCAAAAGCUGCGAGUUGCUGGCCGCCUCCUCGCGUACGACCCACCGACUUGCCUCGGCAUCGUGGACAACAAAGAUGCCGCUCUCCUUGUCGACCUCACUCUAUGCGCGGAUACAUGGAUCCUAGAAGCUCUUCAAGGAUGUGUGAUGGUCACUGGGUAUCUGGAGAGAUACAAUAAAGCCGUCCCCACACAACUCCUUUCACCACGCAACGCAGCAGUACAGCUCCACCAAGAAAUCGUGCUGAAAGCGCUUAUAGCACGUGCAACACCUGAUUUAGACAUCAACCUUUGGGAUCAUGCUGUUCGAGAGACGCACGAGACAUCGGGCGAGCUAGAGCGGGAGCAAAGUAAUGGGUGA